AUGACCGCGCCGAACUCGCAGCCGUUACCGUUGGAGGCGGUGGAAGAGAUGGUUCGCUGCGACCCUGAGAUGCAGGACUGCAAGGAGGUGGUGUAUCAGUGGACGGGCAAGUGCACGCGGUGCAGCGGCACUGGGUACGUGUCGUUCAGGCGCAAGCGAGGCAAGGACUACACGGGCACGUGCAUCACCUGCUCUGGCAUCGGCUACGUGCAGCGAUUCACAGUGCGGGAUAGCAUUCGGGUUAUGGAGGAGCUGGAAGAGAACCCGUGGCGGUGA